AUGUCAGAACCUGGUCGCCUUUUGAAUCACUUUCAAGACAGACUGCGCAAGGAUCAAAGUGAUGGAUGGUCAAGUCUUUGGGAAACCGACGAAAGCGACCUUUGGGAUCGCGGUAAACCCUCGCCAGCACUAAUUGACUUCGUUGAGUGCUAUGGCCGAAACAUAUUUCACGACAUGAAGAAAGAUGAUCGUUGUUGUCGUCUUAAGGCUUUAGUACCGAUAAAGGGAUGCGGAAGAGGCUACGAAGUCAUAAUGCUAGCCCUACACGGCUUUGAUGCUUACGGUCUAGAAGUUUCAUCCAAAGUCGUGGAUAUUGCUAAGGAAUACGCUGAGAGCCAACUCGAAUCCCCCGACCCGAGCUUUUAUGGCGAGAAAAGGUCGGAAUAUGUUCGUGGAAGUGCGAAUUUUGUUCUGGGGGAUUUCUUUCAGAAAAAUUGGGAAACAAAUUGCGGCAUAAAGGAUGAUGAUAAAUUCGAUUUGAUAUAUGAUUAUACGUUCCUCUGUGCCUUGCUUCCAGAAAUGAGGUUCGAUUGGGCAAGAAGAAUGCAAGAUCUUCUCAAACCGGGAGGAGUUCUUGUUUGCCUUGAGUUCCCGCUAUGGAAAGAUCACCAAUCUGCUGGGCCGCCUUGGGGUCUUGAUGGAGUUUAUUGGAAUUUACUGGCAGAAGGUAAGGAUGGUAUUUUGACUUCUACACCAGCGUUGGCGACCAGAGAUGGAACAGACUUGAAGGGCCCCUUUACAAGGCUUGUACACUAUAAGCCUGAUAGGUCUUAUGACCAAGGCCGGGGCACAGAUAUGAUGAGUAUUUGGAGGCCGGCUUCCUAG